GACAAGAGUGCGGGGAAGAAAGAGGAAGCGUGGCCAUCAGUGGUGUAGACUGCGCAUGCGUGAGGCUGGAGCCAGGGGGCGGGGUCACGUGGGCCGAGAGUCCUGGGCUGGAAUGGCCGCGAGCGCAGAGAUCAGAUCAUUCAGGUCAUCAUGAUCUAAGGCCAAAAAUCAAAACAAAACAAACAAAAACUUGCUUGGAUUGACUGAACUACAAUUAUUAUAAGUAACUAUGGAAAACGAACCAGACCAUGAAAAUGUGGAACAGAGCCUUUGUGCCAAGACUACAGAAGAAGAACUGAAUAAGUCUUUCAAUCUUGAAGCUUCGCUUUCAAAAUUUUCUUACAUAGAUCUGGACAAGGAACUGGAGUUCAAAAAUGAUCUGAUUGAUGACAAGGAAUUUGAUAUUCCUCAAGUUGAUACGCCUCCAACACUGGAAAGCAUACUCAAUGAGACUGAUGAUGAAGAGGAGUCUUUUGUUCUGGAGGACCCUACAUUGUUAAACAUUGAUACUAUUGAUUCCCACUCCUAUGAUACUUCGUCUGUGGCAAGUUCAGAUAGUGGUGACAGGACCAACUUAAAAAGGAAGAAGAAAUUACCUGAUUCUUUUUCACUCCAUGGGUCAGUUAUGCGACAUUCACUUUUGAAGGGAAUUUCUGCGCAGAUAGUGUCUGCAGCUGACAAAGUUGAUGCUGGCUUGCCUACAGCAAUUGCAGUGUCCAGUCUGAUAGCAGUGGGUACAUCUCAUGGAUUGGCUUUAAUAUUUGAUCAGAAUCAAGCUUUGCGACUCUGUCUGGGGAACACUAGUGUUGGAGGUCAGUAUGGAGCCAUCUCUGCCCUCAGUAUCAACAACGACUGCUCAAGACUUCUCUGUGGCUUUGCUAAGGGACAGAUCACGAUGUGGGAUUUGGCCAGUGGAAAACUUCUAAGAUCAAUAACAGAUGCUCAUCCUCCAGGAACAGCAAUAUUGCAUAUUAAGUUUACAGAUGAUCCAACUCUUGCAAUUUGCAAUGACAGCGGAGGCUCUGUUUUUGAAUUGACAUUUAAGAGAGUGAUGGGAGUGAGAACGUGUGAAUCUAGGUGUCUGUUCAGUGGUUCCAAGGGUGAAGUUUGCUGUAUUGAGCCUCUUCAUUCUAAGCCCGAGUUGAAAGAUCAUCCCAUCACACAGUUUUCCUUAUUGGCCAUGGCAUCCUUAACAAAGAUACUGGUCAUUGGAUUGAAACCAUCCUUGAAAGUGUGGAUGACUUUUCCCUAUGGACGGAUGGAUCCUUCCAGUGUUCCGUUGCUGGCCUGGCACUUUGUGGCAGUGCAUAAUUACGUGAAUCCCAUGCUUGCCUUCUGCAGAGGAGAUGUUGUUCAUUUUCUGUUGGUGAAGAGAGAUGAGUCUGGAGCAAUACAUGUUACUAAGCAAAAGCAUCUUCACCUCUACUAUGACCUCAUCAACUUCACUUGGAUAAACUCACGUACAGUUGUGCUCUUGGACAGCGUGGAGAAGUUGCAUGUGAUCGAUCGGCAGACUCAAGAGGAAUUAGAAACGGUGGAGAUCUCAGAAGUUCAGUUGGUCUAUAACAGCAGCCAUUUCAAAUCCCUAGCCACCGGAGGAAAUGUUAGCCAGGCACUGGCUUUGGUUGGAGAGAAGGCUUGUUAUCAGUCCAUCAGUAGUUACGGUGGUCAGAUCUUUUACUUGGGGACAAAAUCUGUUUAUGUGAUGAUGCUGAGAAGCUGGAGAGAGAGAGUGGAUCAUCUUCUGAAACAAGAUUGUCUUAAAGAAGCCUUGGCUCUUGCAUGGUCUUUCCAUGAAGGAAAAGCAAAAGCAGUAGUGGGAUUAUCAGGGGAUGCCAGUAAGCGAAAGGCUGUUGUUGCAGAUCGGAUGGUAGAAAUCCUAUUCCACUAUGCAGAUCGAGCUCUGAAAAAGUGUCCAGACCAGGGAAAAAUCCAAGUGAUGGAGCAGCAUUUUCAGGACAUGGUGCCUGUCAUAGUUGAUUACUGCCUGCUGCUAGAGCGAAAGGAUCUUUUAUUUAGCCAGAUGUAUGACAAAUUGAGUGAGAAUUCAGUGGCUAAAGGAGUGUUUUUGGAGUGCCUUGAACCAUAUAUUUUAAGUGAUAAAUUGGUGGGGAUGACCCCCCAGGUAAUGAAAGACUUGAUUGUUCAUUUCCAAGAUAAAAAGUUAAUGGAAAAUGUGGAAGCCCUCAUUGUACAUAUGGAUAUCACCAGCCUAGAUAUUCAGCAGGUAGUUCUCAUGUGUUGGGAAAAUCGUCUGUAUGAUGCUAUGAUCUAUGUUUACAACAGAGGCAUGAAUGAAUUUAUUAGUCCAAUGGAGAAACUUUUCAGAGUCAUUUCUCCUCCUCUGAAUGCAGGAAGAACACUAACAGAUGAGCAAGUUGUUAUGGGCAACAAGCUGCUUGUAUAUAUUAGCUGUUGUCUAGCAGGCCGAGCCUAUCCCCUUGGUGACAUCCCUGAAGAUCUUGUUCCCUUGGUUAAAAACCAGGUUUUUGAAUUUCUGAUUCGCCUGCAUUCAGCAGAAGCCUCCCCUGAGGAAGAAAUCUACCCCUAUGUUCGGACUUUGCUACAUUUUGACACAAGAGAAUUUCUAAAUGUAUUGGCACUGACUUUUGAAGAUUUUAAAAAUGACAAGCAAGCUGUAGAAUAUCAACAACGAAUUGUGGACAUUUUGUUGAAAGUUAUGGUGGAGAAUUCAGAUUUUACUCCUUCACAAGUCGGGUGUCUCUUUACGUUCCUUGCCCGGCAGCUUGCAAAGCCUGACAAUACCUUGUUUGUAAACAGAACCCUUUUUGAUCAGGUCCUUGAAUUCCUCUGUAGUCCUGAUGAUGACUCCCGACACUCUGAAAGACAGCAGGUCCUUUUAGAAUUGCUGCAGGCUGGAGGCAUAGUUCAGUUUGAAGAGAGUCGGCUCAUCCGUAUGGCAGAAAAAGCAGAGUUCUAUCAAAUUUGUGAGUUUAUGUAUGAACGAGAACACCAGUACGACAAAAUUAUUGAUUGUUACUUACGUGAUCCACUGAGGGAGGAAGAAGUGUUUAACUACAUUCACAAUAUCUUAUCCAUUCCUGGACACAGUGCAGAGGAAAAGCAGUCUGUAUGGCAGAAAGCAAUGGAUCAUAUUGAGGAACUUGUAUCCCUGAAGCCCUGUAAAGCUGCAGAGCUGGUUGCUACUCACUUUUCUGAACAGAUUGAAAUAGUCAUUAAAAAACUUCAGGACCAGGUUUUGCUUUUCAAGUUUUUGAGGAGUCUUCUUGACCCAAGGGAAGGUAUUCAUGUAAAUCAGGAAUCGCUGCAGAUGCCUCCCUCUGUUACGGAGCAGUUCAUUGAGCUGUUGUGUCAGUUCGACCCAAACCAGGUUAUAGAGACGCUGCAGGUCCUUGAGUGCUACCGCCUGGAAGAAACCAUCCAGAUUACCCAGAAGUAUCAACUUCAUGAAGUCACUGCCUAUCUAUUAGAAAAAAAAGGAGAUAUUCAUGGGGCCUUCUUAAUAAUGCUAAAGAGACUACAAAGCAAACUUCAGGAGAUAACACAUCAAGAUGAAAAGGCCAAAGAGGACCUUUCAUUGAAGGAUGUUGAAGAUACCAUGGUAGAGACAAUUGCCCUUUGCCAGAGAAAUUCACAUAAUUUGAACCAGCAGCAAAGAGAGGCACUCUGGUUUCCAUUAUUGGAGGCAAUGAUGGCCCCUCAGAAGCUCUCUGGUUCAGCUGCACCUCAUCUACACCCUGAAGCUCUGAGAUCUCUGACCAUGCAAGUUCUAAACAGCAUGGCAGCUUUUAUUGCCCUUCCAUCCAUCUUGCAAAGAAUCUUACAGGAUCCAGUUUACGGAAAAGGAAAACUUGGAGAAAUCCAGGGACUCAUUCUGGGAAUGUUGGAUACCUUUAACUAUGAACAAACUCUGCUGGAAACAACUACUAGCCUUCUAAACCAAGAUCUCCAUUGGUCAUUGUGUAACCUGAGAGCUUCAGUCACCAGAGGACUGAAUCCCAAGCAGGAUUACUGCUCUAUAUGUUUGCAGCAGUACAAGAGACGCCAAGAAAUGGCAGAUGAAAUCAUUGUCUUUAGCUGUGGCCAUUUGUAUCACUCAUUCUGUCUGCAAAACAAAGAGUGCACCAUAGAAACUGAGGGGCGGACAAGGUGGACAUGCUACAAAUGCAGCUCAAGUAACAAAGUAGGGAAAUUAAGUGAAAAUUCAUCUGAAAUUAAAAAGGGGAAGACAGCCCCGUCACAGGUAAAAAUGUCUCCUCCUUGUCCUCCAUCCAAAGGGGAUCCUGCUGUUAAGAAGGGACUGUCCGACCUCUUCCAGACUGAUGCCAAGAGCAAGGCAAAUGAAAGAAAUUUCUGGAAUUGGACUGCCCAAAUUCAGGCAGCCUCAGAACCUGUUCUGGACCCACAGCAAAUCCAAGCGUUUGAUCAACUUUGCCGUCUCUACCGAGGAAGUUCCCGGCACUGUACAGAAUUGUUCUUGCGGAGAACUUCACAGGCCGAUGGGCAGCUGAGAGGGUUGUAGAGGAUAAGAAGUGGCACGAGAUGGGGCUCGAGCAGAGCGAGGGACAUCUCUCUGCAACCUGCUUGACCAGCAGUGCGUACACUUGCUCAAGUGUACCUCCUGUGUGUCCUUAGCUGAGUGACUUGGAGCUUCUGAGCCAGUGCUGUGAAUUGGGCCCCACACGUGUCACUGGAUUGCUUUAGAUGAAUUGGCACUUUGAACUUAGAGGUCCUUUGGGUGUCUCUCCAGUUACCAUAAUCCUGGUAGUAAGUUUUCAACAAAAGUGACAAAUGAGACAGGCGAGUCUUGUGCCGUUAGUGCUUGGAUGGAGAGAGAACCCCUUGCCAGGAUCAGAGAACAGCUGCUGGGUCAGCCAGAAGACCGGGUUCCUGGCAGGGUAGGUGAGUAGGGAGCAGGUGAUAGACGAGUUACCUCUAGGGAAGGCACAACUGUCGGUGGCUCAGCUGAGCAGAACUUGCCACAUGGACCUGAGUUUGAAUCCCACACUACCAUUUGCCACUCACCACAGAGUCACUUGGGGCAAGUUAAUUUAACUCUUGGGGCUCUGGGUCUUUUACCCAGAGGGUUGUGGAAGAUUAGAAAUAGUACACAUGUGGGGGCGCCUAGGUGGCUCAGUUGGUUAAUUCUUCAUUCUUGCUCAGGUCAUGAUCUCAUGGUUUGUGGGAUCGAGCCCCAUGUUGGGCUCUGCCCUGACUGUGCAGAGCCUGCUCGGGAGUCUUUCUCUUCCCCUCCACCACUCACGCACAUGCUCGCUGUCUCUCAAAAUACCGUAUUUUUUAAUGUUUAUAUAAGUUUUUAAAAAAUAGUACAUAUGUAAAGGACCUAGCAAAGUGUCUGGCACCUAGAAGGCACUCAUUACAGUUACCUUGGACUAUCAGAAGUACCUGUGGACUUUGGGUCCAGAGCCUGACACAGACUUUGAUGGCUCACUCCUCACAGCUGCCCUGUCCAGGUGAAGGACUUUGGGUGUAAAAUUUGUCUCUUCUGUGAUCAUGAGGGCCAGGCUCUCUGCUCCCUACUUUUGCAGAAAGCCUUUGAGGUAAAAGGGAUGGCCCUCGGAGUGACAGUCUGGCUUCCCAGUGGGUUGGUAUUAACCUUACCUAAUCUUUCGGAACAGAGCCACUAACAGAGGGUUUUGCUGGUGUCAUUGGUGGAAGCAGGACUCUAAGAGGACAGGUCCCUGAAUUUAAAGUGGCAGCUGGACACUUGGAGCUAUCCAGGUUGCAAAGGAGAGGUCAGAGGCAGAGUGUGGAACAAGCUCUGCUGAGAACCUCAGCUCAGGGCGUGUGUGGGGAGGGGGCGGCAGGGUCCUGUGCUAGCCAGGGUGGGAGUGCUCAGAGCAAGGGAGGUUCGGAAUGAGACGUCCCCAGUGCAGUCUCAUCAUUAUUAAAGGAGGAAAUUUGGGCCCUGAAAGUGAAAUGAACUUGCC